GCCUAAUAUACACACACAUAUAUAUAUAUACAUUAAUUUGAAAGUAACAUACAGAUAAAUCUUUCUGAGUUUUUAAGGUUAUUGUUUCCAUGCGAUUUUAUCAGUUCCAAGAAGCAAGGGAGCAGAAGAAAACAAGUGUCGCAUCUUCAACUAUGUAAGAGUGACACUCAUCCCUACACUUACCACGUCUUAGGCUCUAACUAUCUUACACUUGUUCUUUUCUCUCCCGUUAACUUCACACUUCUUCCCCAUGCAUUUUAAGAAGCCGAUGGCCGAUUUGUAGUAAAUUUACAAGGACUCUCUCUUUAUUUAAUAAGAAAAUGAUGAAUAGAGGACUUUAAUAAGUAGUGGUAGAAUUAUAGGUACUUCGAGCCGAAGCACCUAACGAAUGGUUGAGCCAUGUGUUCUGAGUCGCUUGCCAGACCAUCCUUCGUCUUGACACGUGCGACACAAGUACGACAUAUUCCAUUUUCGCAUUAUAGUAUAUAUUUUGUCCCUGAUUUUUGUUAUUUUUAUCUAAAUUGUUAUACCUAUCCAGAAACAUAACGGGAAAACUGUUUGGAACAAAACCGGUGAAACUUAUCACCAAGUCAAACCAGAAAACGAAAAUCACAGAAUCGUAACCAGUACGGAAAUUUAAAAGUAGAAAUAAAUAUUAAAAGUUCAUAAAAACCCAAAAUACUGUAUUAGUCCGUAGAAAGAAACUGUAACUAUUAAUGGUUUGCUUAUUUUUCGUUCUUUUUAACAUCAGACCAAACAUGUUCAGGACUUCUAGAUUAACUUGUAAUAAAAAAAAGGUAAAAAUUAACCAAAAAGUAUAUCAAAUAAAACAUAUACAGUAUAGUUAUUUAUUAUAAUACUAUAAGAAUGUAUGUUCUUAUAACUCUAUACUCACUGUAAAUAACUGUUAAUUUAAUACAUUGAAAUUUAACUUAAAUAAGAAUGAUGAGAAAUGCUGGAAGCGACAGCGUCAUUCAGGUAAAUUAUUCUAUAAUAUAGAUAUUUUUGUUGGCCUGGUGAAUUAUACAUUUAUACUACAUUAUCUAUGAUCGAAAUUUAAAUGUCUAUAUUGAAAAAGUCUAAAUUCAUCUGUCGAAAAGGUUUUAAAAUCACGUUUUAAGCAUAUAAAGCUGUUGACAAAAAAAAAAGCAUAUAAGGCUUUCGAAAGAAAACUUGUCUCAUCAUCAAAGCAGUGGUCGGGGUCGCUUUCUUGUAACACAGAGCCAUUUGAAUAAACAAAACGAGAUUCCUUAGUAUACAUAAACACACGUAGACAUUCAUACAAAUGCCACGUAAGAAUACAUAUACUCCUGACGUAUCCAUGAAUACAUAUAAACAUACGCCUCAGGUUUCACUUUAGUAUUUAUACGUACGUACUCGUUACAAAUUUAGUUAGUCUAGAUCGAAACUGAAAAUAUCCAACUCUCAAAGAACACACCAUGGAAGAGCAACCUCCGGCAAAGAAACGAAACAUGGGAAGGUCUCGAAAAGGUUGUAUGAAAGGUAAAGGCGGUCCUGAGAACGCCACAUGCACUUUCCGUGGAGUUAGGCAACGGACUUGGGGUAAAUGGGUCGCUGAGAUCCGUGAGCCUAACCGUGGCACCCGCCUCUGGCUCGGCACUUUCAAUACCUCAGUCCAAGCCGCCAUGGCUUACGAUGAAGCCGCUAUGAAGCUGUACGGACCCGAGGCUAGACUCAACUUGUUACAACCACCACAAAAACAAAAACAAGAAGUAAAGAGGAACUUGUCCUUUUCUGACCAGGGGUCAGGUUCUUGGUCUUAUAAGCUCGAUACGAUUCGUGGGCUGGACCUUGGUCUCGGCCCGUCUAAUGGUUCACGCGGUUCGUGGUCGGGGAGUUUUAGCAUUCCACAAGAAUGUUUGUACAGGAUUCGGUUGAUUAGAACGAAGAACUUAGAAAAUGGGGUGACUAAAGACGUUUUUAUUAGAAUCAAAACAAUGAGUUACAAGACUGAUCAAAGGUAAGGAGACAAGAUCAGAGGUUUAAACGACAAGAUCAAAGAGAUGAUUAGGAAACCCUAAAUCUAGCCGCUUAGUGUGUGAUUUGUC